GUCUUGAAGAACGAAUGUAGACCUUAACUUCAGGGAUUCCCGCGGACUAUGGACAUAAUUUGUUACCUGCUGGUCAUAGCUUUGCUCAACAUCCAGACGUAUGAAACUUCCUCUCAAUGUUUACGUGGGUGCAGCUGUGUGGAGGACCGUCAUGGGAGGUCACUCAUUUGUAUGGAGGAGAGCGCGUUUGGGGCCAUACCAGACAACCUUCCAGAUGAUAUGACCAAAAUACGCAUAGAAAAAUCUCACUUCACUGAAAUACCCAGAGGCGCAUUCUCAAAAACGCCUGCUUUGGAAAACUUGUGGUUGAACUUCAAUGAUAUCACAGUGAUAAACUCAAAGGGUCUGGAAGGUUUGGGGAACUUAACCGAGCUCCGUCUGCAAGGGAACAAGCUCCGUUCAGUACCAUGGACAGCGUUCGAGGACACGCCGGCCCUAAAGAUCCUGGACCUGAAGCACAACCACCUGGACGUCCUGCCGGAGCAUGCGUUAAAAUUUUUGCCAGGUCUGACUUACUUAGACUUAUCCUUCAAUCGGCUUACGGUCAUAUCGAAGGAGGUGUUCCAAAACUGGCCUCUGUACCAAAAACUACAGAGCACGGAGGAGCGGGAGGCGACCGCUUUCGAGCCGAACGUCGUGCUGGCGCUCCACGACAACGCGUGGCUCUGCGACUGCCGCCUGAAGGGCUUCGUGGAGUUCAUCAGGUCACUGAGUCCCCCGAUUAUACUGAUGAACUCCUACUUGACCUGCUCAGGGCCGGACUUUAAGGCGGGCAAGUUCUUCCAUGAGAUAGAGCUGCAGGCGUGCAUGAAGCCCAUCGUCACCACCCCGUCCUCCAAAGUCAGCCUGCCUCAGGGCGCAAACGUCACCCUGCGCUGCCUCGCCAAGGCCAGGCCAGACCCCGCGGUGUGGUGGACAUAUGGCCUGAAGAUAAUCAGAGGAUUUCAUGAGUCUCAGGAGAGAGUGGAUGAAGACAACUUCAGAUCCGUCCUGCUGAUCCCAUCCCUCCACGCAGCCGACCGUGGUACCUACACCUGCACUGCUGUCAACUUCAUUGGAAACUCCUCAGCCAGCGUCCUCGUGGACGUGCACUCUCCUGAUGGCUCCCAGUCACCGCUCCUCCCUGGCAACCUGGCUUCACCUGCUUUUCACGAUGAAAACAUCUACAUUGACAUCCGCAUCGUCAAACAGACAAUACGUGGUAUUAUCAUUGAGUGGCGUGCCGCCUUGGACCACCCAUCCGAAACCUGGUUCACCAUCCACUUUGGCCUCGCAGGUGCUGAUAAUAAAGAAAAGAUCAACAUUGGCCCAGGGAUUCGCUCUUAUUCUGUCACUGAUCUGAUGCCUGCAACCAAAUAUGAAAUCUGUGUCACCCUUAAGAGCCAGGCGCCGCGUCCCGGCCAGUGCAUUGUGUUUGUAACAGGAAGUGACGUCACUGAGAUGGAACAGAGGGAGAAGCUGAUUCAUAUAGUGGUGAUAGUUUUAGCCAUGGUGCUGGCUGUCCCUAUAGGUAUGUACGCCUGCACCACUGACACUAAGUUCGCCUGCCUGGAGGGUAUCGUGGCGUCCUGGAAGAACCGACGGAGAGACAACAGCCCCACUGGGAUGGAGCGGGAGAGGCAGGGCACCUUUGACAGCCUGCAGGCCCCCAGCGACGAGGGCCUGGUUAUGAAAGAUUCCAGUGAAGACAGGAAGGUGAGGAGGAGAUCAGAUGACAGACAGUAUAAGGGCAAAGCUGACCACAGCAGACUCACAGCUGAACUAUAUUAAGUUACUAUUUGUUGAAGCAACAAGAGAAAACAUAGAACUGACCUUGUAAUAGGCUGGUCGCUCUGUAUCAGUAUCCAUAUCAGAGUAGAAAAAUAGAUCUGACUUUGAUACUCUCACAAGUACAAUAUUCAAAAAAAUGACCGUGUUGUCUGCCUUGGUUUUAAUCUCAUCUCUUCCUCUGUUCUAGGCCGAGGAGUUUGUUGCAAAGAUGUGAAUGAUGACUAUCAAGAGUGUAAUUCAAGGAUUUGCAUCACUGUUUUUUUUCUCCUGUCUGAAAUGUCUCCUGUUUGUCUUGUUAUGAAAUGCUUAAAUGUCAAUUAUCACACAUUUUAAACUGCUGCUUUACACGAAGCCUCUGUGACUGAUUCAAAUGGAAGAGUGCUCACAGUUACUUCUGUUUUGUACAUUUUGUAAAAAUCUCUCAGCUUUAGAUGCAUACUUUAUCUUCUGCUUUAUCUUUGUGUAAUUCUGUGUUAGCACUUGUAAUAAUAUUGGGUUUUUUUGUUUAUAUGUGUAUUUAUAUAUAUGUGUAUAUGUGAACAAGAAAAUAUCCUAAACCAGAUGGUACUUGACCUUUCACUAAGCCCCACCCCUUUGUGAUGGUCCGACAAGCUGUCAGAGUAAGCAUUGAGCC